AGCCUUUGUUCUCUUGCCCUCUUUUCUUAUUAUUUUUCAGUUUCUUUCGUUUCUCAUUGGCGUACUGCUGAAUCAUCAAGUUCUUCGUUAUCACUCUUCUCUUCGUGAUCGUGCUGCGGCGACCCUACCAACUUCUGUUUCUCGCGGAAAACGAUUUUGUGCGUCGUUAGACUACCUCUUCCACCAACAUCAUUCACUUAACUUCUGUUUUUUCCCCCGUUAAUCAACGCUCCUUCAAUCGAGUGCCAUUAUCAUUACAGAAAACAAAACCCUUUUGAAGCGCGCCUGCACCACACUCCACCAUGCCCGCCAAGCCACUGAAGAGCUACAUGGAGGAGCUGUCCAAGUACAUGGACGCCUUUACCUCCGCAGCUGGCAAGCCGCAGCGUGUCGACGUUGUCGGCGAUCGCGUGUACUGGACGCAGGGCAAGCAGCAGGAGCUGUUUUCGGCCCCCGUCAGCGCCGGUGCAGGCGAAGUGGUGCGUGUGAUUGCCUCCGAAAAAGCGAAAGAGGACAACGGAGCAGAGGAGGAGAAGCUCACCAAGGAGGAGGAGAUGCUGCGGGAGCGCCUGCGCACUCGCACCACCGGCAUCUCCAGCUUCCGCGUCCGAGAGAGCGACGGGGCGGUCUUCUACACCAGCGGCGUGGACGUGUACGUAUAUUACCAGCACGGCCCGCGCGCCGGCAAGGCGCCCAUCAAGAUCUUUGACUACCUCUCCGAAGAGGACAAGGCGCACUUUCAGGCCAUGGGAGGGAAGCCGAAUCUUUUUGUGGAGCCGAUCAAGUCGUUUGACGCGUCGCACCCCAGCGACUAUUCUGUCGUGACCUUUGUGAACAACAACAACGUUUACAAGGCUACCAUCACGGAGCGUCCCGCCGAUGAAGCCGCCCCGCUGUCGGUGGCCGUGCAGCAGAUCACGCACAUCGGUGACGACCUGCACCAGUGCGGCGUGGCCGACUACAUCAUUCAGGAGGAGUUUGCCCGCUACACCGGCCACUACGCCACGGAUCGCUACGUUGUCUUCUCGUACAUCGAAUCGACGCACAUGCGCUCCGUCGCGCUGCUGAAGAGCGUGGGGUCGCCCGACGUGCCGCCUGAGGAGCCGGCGAAGCCGUCCUACGCGACGGACGUAGAGGAGAUGCCGUACUCCCGCGUCGGCGACCCCAACGCGCGCACGACACUGGUCGUCUACGACGGUGAGACGAAGCAGAUGCGCCUGCUGCCUGAGGCCGCCCUCCGCAACGUGGCCCCAUGGACGGAGUACAUCCUGCGCUUCGGCUUCAAGGAUGCGGAGACGCUCUACGUGUCCGUCAUCGACCGUGUGCAGGAGCAGUACACCGUGCUGAGCUGCCCCAUUUCCGCCCUCCCUGUGAUCGGCUCCGAGGAGGACCUGCGUGCGCUCUACCGCGAGAAGGACUGCAAGACGGUGGCCAACAUCGUCGGCGACGCCGCCGUGCCGCCGCUGCGCGUAGAGUGGGCGCAGCGCAUCGACUUCGCCUGGGUGGAGUGUCAGGCCGGGGCGCCGAUGCACUACGGCAGGGAGUACGACGUGCUGUGCCGCCACGCUGCGGAGACGGCGACGGCACACUACCACCUCUACGCCCGUCCAGCGAGGGCCGCCGGGGCAGACGCGUGGAGGCCGCUGACGGCCGGGGCAUGGAACGUGCGGGCGGGUCUGCAGCAGAUCGACGACAACCGCGUGUACUUUCUGGCGAAUGCCGAGGGACGUCUGAAGCAGGUUUUGUACGCCAUCCCCCUCUCUCUCGAGCAGGCGCCGCACACGGCCGAGAAUCUGGCACGCCUUACCCCGCUCAACGAGUACGUCUACAGCUACCGCGUCAAGGGCGACCACUUCUUCUACGUCUCUAGCACCCCGUCCACGCCGGCGAAGCUGUACGCGGCGCGCGUGUCGACGCCCGAGCAGCGGAGGGAAAUCGUCGUGCCGUCGUGGGUGCCGGCGGUGAAGGGUUGCGACCCGGCUGCGACGGCGGACACAACGAGGUACUUUGCUGGUCUGCCGAUCGUCACGCCGCACGUCGUGACCGUCACGAGCCGACGCGGUGUUCCGCUGAGCGCGUCCGUGUUUGUUGCGCCAAGCGCGCCGAAAGGUGUGCCUGGGCCGCUGGCUGUCUCCAUCUACGGCGGCCCGCACGUCCAGCUGGUCUACGGCGACGACUACGACAGCAUCUGCAAGGCGCCGGUGCAGGUGCUCCUCCAGCACGGCAUCUCCGUAGCGGUGGUCGACAACCAGAUGAGCAACGCCAACGGGCUGCGUGACAUGAGCAUCUGCAAGAAGAACAUGGGCAGCUUCGAGACGGAUGAUUACGUGGACGUGACCAACUACUUGUGCUCCUCCACGCCGGCGGAGAGUGGUCUACCCGAGAGCUUCAAAGUGGAUGCGAGGCGCGUCGCCAUCUUUGGCUGGUCCUACGGCGGCUACGCCACAUUGUUGGCCAUGUGCCAGGCGGCCGACGUGUUCAAGAUCGGCUUCGCAGGCGCGCCGGUGGGGGACUGGAAGCUGUACGACACCGGCUACACGGAGCGCUACAUGGGCACACUGUACGAGGACGGCGAGGACGGCACGCGCAAGGUGAAUGCGGCGUACAUGACGUCGACCAUCGGGCACUACGCGGCGGGAUUUCCGGAGGAGUGCAACCGCCUCUAUAUUGCGCACGGGCUACUCGAUGAAAACGUGCACUUUGCCAACAGCUGUCACGUGGUGAAGGCGCUGAUUGAACACGCGAAGCCGUACAAUAUGCUGGUGUACCCCGGUGAGCGUCACGCCUUGCGCCAGAAUCGGCAGUCUCGUCUGCAUCACGACGCGUUGCUGGUGAAAACACUAGAGGAGCAAUUGUAA